CAGACGUUUACUACUGUUGCUGCUCUUGUCUUUACUGUAUAAUGGGAAUGUUUUGAUGCUGGUACAUAACAAAUAUAAAAUAAAAACAAGAAAACAUGUGGCGAGUUGCAUGACCAUGCUAGUCGGCCUUUAGAAAACCCUCUUGUUCUCUUUCGACUUACUAGUGUUUCUUUCUUUUUUCCUGCUGAACAAUGGUGCUAAAACCAUGGACGCCAACGACAUCACAACUCUGACCAGCUUUAACUUUGACGUCCCCGAAGGCGACGACAGCGAUGAAUGGGCUCUUUCCAAGAUUCUCACGAAAUUUAAAGCUGCAGUUUCUGGUUCUCAACCACACCCAAUUGACCACUUUGAAGAAAACCAGCACCACCACCAACGCCGCCAACACUACCAUGAGGAACGAAAUUUACCUUUCCUUAGCAACAAUGACGAAGAGCGUAUGCAUGAGCGAGAAAGUGAUCAACAGCAAUCACCACCAGCUUCGAUUCAGUCCAAUAGUCGACAAAUAUACGUUACGUCGCCUACACCUCCAGCGUCUUCUUAUCGUGAACCCGUCGGCCUGCGAGCGCCCACAUCCACAGCGGUAACUCCAGUUAAUGCCUCGGCAUCCCAGGAAAAUCAUGUCAUCAGCAACAACAAUGGCAGUAACAGCACGAGUGCUCCGGACGGCAGUGAGGAAAGUCAUCCUAUGAUCGCUUCGUCUUCAUCUACGAUUCUUCCGAGUGCUAUUGCAGACUAUCUGCCGAUCUCCAAAACGCACUCGGUAGACAGUAGCGAUGCGCAGUCUGUCUCAACCACAUUUUCCAUGUCCACUUCCCAUUCGCUUAGCAGAAUCAUUGCACGGUUACGAGGACAAAAGUCCGACAAGGAGUUUUGGAUGUCGGAUGAGCAGUGCAAGGAGUGUUACAAGUGUCGCAAACCGUUCAAACUACUACGUAGACGACAUCAUUGUCGUAUUUGCGGCCAAAUCUUUUGUGGAAAGUGUGCAUCACAUACGAUACCAGGCAAACGGUACAACCAAAAAGGCGAGCUUCGCGUAUGUAAUUUUUGCUUUGACGAGCACAAUCUUGCCAGUAGGAAUGACCCUUUGCUAUUGGUGGCAGCGGAUCAAGACAUACUUGCGAUGGAGCACGAAAAGGUCAACGAUGACGACGACGACCGAGACAAUAACAUUUCAUCACAUCAGCAAUACCAUGGAGGCCCGAUCAUUCCAUCCCAGCCGCCACCCAUCGCAGCGCCAAAAAUGCAUAUACCUACUACGGCUGUAAAACACCCAUAUCAAAGUCAUCGUCAAUCAUACGGCGAUUCGGACGCAACUACUGUUCAACUCGAGAUAGCCACUGGCCCUCAUUCCUCAGGUAGCACAGGCGGGAGUGGCGGUGCUGGAGGUGCUGGAGGUGGCAAGUUGUCACGCUCUGGGUCGAUCUCUGCUGAAACAGACAAGGAUGACGGCGGGUUGAAACGGCUUCUAGAUGCAGGAACCUCGUUAUUAAGGCGACCCCGAUCUAACACUUCUACUUCGUUUAUCAUGGAUGACGGUGGCGGCAACAAUGGAGGAGCGUCUUCGCCUUUUUUGCAAAGCAACCAUGACCAUAUGGAUCGAGGAGGCGGUGUGCUUGUGGCAGAACGGGAAUUAAGCCCGUUUAUGGGCAGUCGUAGUUUGGAUGAUGACGAAGAAAAUGGUAACCUGGAGUACCAGCUGUACGAUCUGUGGAGUCGACCUGCAAGCAUGCCAGGCGGUAGAACUACGCGCAUGCCAUCGAAUGGCUCGAAUCAAUCGCAGGGCCAGUCCAUCAAGCUGAAUGAUCUUGUGGUAUCACAAGACUCAUUUGGCAGUGACGACGAAGCUUACGACAACCGACUACGUGCCAAGCGAACAGAGGAACUGCGAGGCCACGCGGGUCCCGUCGAGCGAUCGCUUUCGCUACGUCGACAAAGUAUCAGUGGGCUGCACCAUCACCCACGCCCAUCGUCACGGUCUUCGAGCCGACAACACCGGAAAACUAAUAUGCGGAUCAAUACGACUAACUUGCCCAAAGUCGAUUAUGCGCUACUCCAAAGCGAAGGCUGGUCGCCCGCUCCAUUCAUGUCGCCAUUUGACGAUCACAGUGCGAUCAAGUCUAGGCUACUGACCCCUCGCAACAGACGGAUAUCGGCUCCACCGCCUAAUAUUGAAUUGAGUAUUGGUGCUUUAAUGCACGCGCGCAGGAUGCUUAAGCAGCUCAUGACAGACUCGAGCUUUGAUGGAUUGACGCAGCAGGCCAAGAACGAAUGGGAAGAUAUCAUCACCAACCUGCUGCUCAAGGUUACAGACAAUGUUCGACCAGACGUACGAUCAGGUGAUGACAUGGAUAUCCGACAUUACAUCAAGAUUAAAAAGGUGCCUGGUGGGGUUCCUUCCGACAGCUUUUAUGUCAAAGGUGUCAUGUGCUCCAAAAACGUUGCGCACAAGAAGAUGAUCCGCAAUAUCGCUCAACCUCGAAUUUUGAUCCUGCUGUUUUCGCUCGACUAUUCACGUGUUGAAAUGGAGAACCAGCUCAUGUCGAUUGCACCGGUUUUAUCCCAAGAGCGAGAGCACAUCAGCAAACUGGUUGCACGAAUUGUUGCUCUUCGGCCUUCGCUCUUGCUCGUAAAGUCGACCGUAUCACGACUUGCCUUGGAAUAUCUAUUAGAGGCCAAUAUACCAGUAAUUCACAAUGUCAAAUACAGCGUGAUUGAAGCGGUUGCACGAUGCACUCGAGCCACAAUUGUGCCCUCGGUCGAUAAACUGCAGUUAGGUAGUCUGUCGUUUGGUCAUUGCGGAGCUUUUGAGAUCCGAACAUUAAUGCACGAAUGGCUCCCUAACCGGCGCAAGACUUAUCUGAUAUUCGACGAAUGUCAGCCAGAUUUGGGUGGGACGAUCGUUUUACGUGGUGCACCAAAUGAGACGUUGCGACUUAUCAAACGACUGAUCGAUUUCAUGGUUUUUGUCGUCAACAAUCUCAAACUCGAGACGUCGUUACUACGCGACUCAUUUGCAAAAAAUCGUAGCUUGGAUCAGAAGCAACUCGAUGAUGGCGAAAAACAAGAGGGUACCACGUUACCGGGCUCCAAAGACGAGAAAGAGAAAGAUACAAAGGCAACGUCACCUCGAUCAGCAACGAAUGUACCACUGCUACCACUGGAAACACAGCAAGAGACCGAGUCGUUUACGUCACUAUCAGCAACAGCAUCAACGGAAGCAUCUUCAGUCGAUGCAUUCAUCAAGCUUUAUCAAGACACAGUGAUCUCGGCAUCACAGUUUGUUGCAUUCCCUCAGCCAUAUCUAUUGAUGUGUCUCAAAGAGACGAACGACAAGCUUGUUCUGCUGAACACUUCGCGCAAAAUGUCAGUUGCAUCGUCGCCGACCAAGAGCACAUUUGAGCAGCGCCAAGGUGGCGGAAGCAGUAUUAAUGGAAACACUGGCGGUGGUAGUAGUAAUGCGACUACGCCUGCAGGGACCAACAUGAGCACCACUGGUAGCGGAACCGAUCAUGGCUUAUCCCUGGACGAUGAGUACGAACGGCUUGUAGUAAAGCGCAAUCAGCUCAUGCGUUCCUGGGGUGCAUAUCUGCGGGAGAAUCCAGACCAGCUCAAUCCGUUCUAUCAUCAGAACAUUGUGAUUCUCUAUUCAAAUGUGUGCACGGUGACAACGGUUCCCUGCCAAGGUCCAGAGGUCCGUAUCUUUGAGUACUAUUGUCAGCCAUCGGACACGACUCUGGGCCACUACAUUUCGGAUCUGUGCCGGGAUGCUAUCCAGCCGUGUGCGUCCAGCAUGUGCGAGCACACUGUGCUGCACCACUACCGGUCCUAUGCCAAUGGAAAUGCACGUAUCAAUGUGAUGAUUGAUAAUUUCCCGUGUCCACAACCUGGUAUGUCGGAAAAGAUCCUGAUGUGGAGCUACUGUCGAGAGUGCGAGAAGCCUACGCCGGUGAUACCAAUGUCAGAAAACACUUGGAACUAUUCGUUUGGUAAAUUCCUCGAAGUGUGUCUAUAUCAAAAGGGUGUGCACUGUCGAGCCGAUAUCUGUCCACACGAUAUUGGACUUCAUCAUGUGCGCUAUUUUGGCUAUCGCGACUUUGCUGUGCGUUUCCAGUAUGACCGAAUCGGUCUGCUGGAAGUAGCCGUUCCACCGACGAAAUUGUUUACGUUGAGCAAGGUCCAUAUCGAACUGAAAGAGGCAGAAUUCAAGGGCCUUCGUACUAAGAUCAACAAGUUUUAUCAGUCCAUUGUCGAGCGCAACAAGGCAUUUCCGUUCGACUUGGUGGAUCCGCGCAGGAGGGAAGCGUGCAAGACCGAGUUACAAGAGCUGUCACAACGCUGCGAUGGCGAAAAGAAGCCAGUUUUGCAGAUUCUCCAGACAGUGUACGCUCAAAGCGCUCCAGGUGAUACGCUUACUAUUAAUUGGGUCCAACGCGUCCUGUAUCAACAAAUUACCGCCUGGGAUUUGGAGUAUGCAGACCUUGUCAGACAUUAUUUGCAACCAGAACGCGAGCUUCGCAAGAUUACUGCCAACCACCUUCGCAAGGUAUUCCCACCGGAUGUCAUGCCUGAAGAAGCAAACGGUGAGCGAACAAAGCGUGCCGCUGAAGUGACGGAUUUGCCAUUACUCGGAACUGAGCUGGACAAUGAUUAUUAUUUCGACGAUGAUGGCGACGAAGAGGAUGUACAUACAGCAAUUGUGCGACCACCGAAAGUGCUACCCAAACUAUGUUCGUCAAUUGAUGAAACUGAGCCAGAAGACGAGCCAUCCGACAAGAAACUGUUUUUGCAGCCAGAAAUCCGACGACGCUUGUCUUUGGAGCUGAUGCGCGAGUUCAAUGCCAAAUUCCGGUCUGAAGAAACGAUCGUCAGGGGAACAGUCGAUAAAAAUAGCCAGGUAGCCAGGACAAAGAGUCCUGGACUGCCUGCUUCAGCAGCCAUCACUCCGUCGCGGAUACCUGUGCUCCAUCUGGGCCAUCAAAGCAAGGUUAAACUCUCGCCACCACUCUAUGAUAAUGCGCCAACACCGCUUUUACGUGUCCGACAACAGCGACCCUUUGUCGGUGAUCCAGUUAGCAGCGGCGGCAUUCCCCGACGAAGGACCAUUCUGCCGGACUAUCGAUACAACUUACUACUAAACGAUGUGAAUGCUCCAAGCGCUAGUGGCAGCAACAAUCACAUUAAUGCUGGAGUUUCUACCCGUGUACCUCCUGCUUUGGGUGGCAGUGGACCAGCAGCAGCGGCAUCAUCGAGAUAUCCUACUCGACCGGCCAAUAUUGGGGCAGCCAAGACUGAUGAUCCUCGACACAUGAUGCGAAAGAGUAACAGCGGUCUUUCCACAGCAGCAGCACGCAGCGACCGACAGUUCCGAUCACGAUUGCCGCGCAAAAAGACGUUGAUGCAAGUAUAUACCCAUGCCAACGACCUGGUCCAAGAGAAUUUGGAGGACGAGUUUCUCGACGAAACGAUGGCUACUGUGACGACAACCGCAGGCUCAGGAAUGUCACGUCUGGAUGAUGACGAUACCAAAACUGUCGACUAUUUUUCGCCAAUGGCACCCUAUACCAAUCGUGUCAAUGAUCCACCACAAACCCAAUCGUUCUUUUCGCAGCGCUACCAUGGCGUUGCCGAGGCGAUAACUGGAUUUGGGAUGGAGCUCGAGCGGAACCCGCCACCUGCUGUGGAUCUAUUGGAAGCACCACCGGUGUGUAUCAAUGCGGGUGUAUCUUCUUCUAACAUUCGUAAACGAGAGGAAAGAGCGUCGGAAAUACCAGAUGGCGACGAAGAGACGUUGGAUGGAAUGGAGACUAUUAGAAGCCGAGCGGAAGAAGAUUCAUCCAAAGCACCGCCCGAAAAGAGUUCGCUAAUGAAAACGAUUACCAACUUCUUGACGGACAGUGGUGUGUCCAACUUGUUGCCGCUUGAAUACCCUCUGCAACCGACGGAGCAUAUAUUCCCCGACUCUUUUGUCAUUGUGAGCGAGGACAAGCCAAGUACGAUCAUUGCGUAUACUCUAAGCUGUGAGGAUUAUCUGGCACACAUGAAAGGCUCUGGGUAUGACAAGUCAUCCGUUGCUGCCGACGACAGUAGCACGCUCGGGUUUAACGGCACGAGCCAAUUUCCAAGUAGUGAUUAUCCACCCAUGUCAAGCGAGAACAGCAGCGAGUCCAUUGCCGAUAUUCAAGAAACUCUCUUGCGCGAAACGAUGGUACAUAUGGGAUACAAUUUCCGUAUUGGUUCUACAAAGUUCUUUUGCAAAGUGUUCUUUGUGGAGCAGUUCGAUGCCCUGCGGCGCAAUUGUGGAUAUGAGAACAGUUAUAUACUGUCCUUGGCCAGUUGCGUAAAAUGGGAUGCGUCAGGUGGUAAAUCCGGAUCUGCGUUCUUGAAAACAAGCGACGACAGGCUGCUCAUGAAACAAGUGUCCCGAUUUGAGAUGGAUGCGUUCCUUGGCUUUGCUCCUGCAUAUUUCCACUACAUGUCUGAGGCAUUUUUCCGGGAAUUGCCUACAGUAUUAGCCAAAAUCUUUGGAUUUUAUACGAUCGGAUAUAAGAACUCGGCAAACGGCAAGUCGAUGCGAAUGGAUGUUGUUGUCAUGGAAAAUUUGUUUUAUCAACGCAAGGUGAAAAAGAUAUUUGAUUUGAAAGGCUCUAUGCGUAAUCGCCAUGUUCAGUCUACAGGAAAGCAAGACGAAGUUUUACUCGAUGAGAAUCUAGUAGAGUUAAUCUAUCAAUCCCCACUAUUCAUACGAGCACACUCCAAAGAAGUCCUUCGCAGUUCACUUCACAAUGAUACGCUCUUUCUAUCCAACCACAACGUGAUGGAUUAUUCACUUUUGGUUGGCAUUGACGAAGACCGACAAGAACUCGUUGUCGGUAUCGUUGAUUUCAUCCGCACAUUUACAUGGGACAAAAAACUGGAAAGUUGGGUCAAAGAGUCUGGUAUUUUAGGUGGCGGUGGUAAAGGACCAACGAUUAUAUCCCCGCGACAAUACCGAAUUCGAUUCAGAGAAGCCAUGGAGCGAUACUUUUUGAUGGUUCCAGAUGAAUGGUCCCUGACACGUCAUAUUAGGGUGCCACACAUAGAACUCUACCACCACCAUCACCAGAAUCUUUUGAGCGACCAACCUUUGCAAAAUUCUCCCUUAGAGAACGAAUAGUUGUACUUCUUAUUUUUUUGUAAAUAGCUAAGUAGCAUAUAGAUUCAAUUGGCAUGUUUUAAUAAGGGGGCGAGCACACUUUAUCUAUUCAUCGUUCCCCGCUUCAUCACCCCCCUCCCCUGAGAAUCAAAGUACGCAGCAUAUUCUAUACGGAAUCUGCAUGUAUAAUUACACUCAUUAAAGAAAAGUAUAUGAAUCAGUAUUGCCCUUUCUGGUUCAUCUCUUUUUCUCUUCUCUCUCUCUCUUUCUCCUUUGCUAGUUGUGUUAGA